AAACCUGUUCCCGCUUUUGAUCAACAUUUGAACUUCAAAACGAAAAGAAAAAUACUUUUACUGACACUAAAAUUCCAAAUCCAAAUCCAAAUAAAUAUUAACAACAAAGGACUGCGAAAAUUUGAUUGAACUCUAUUUGCUAACAAUUAUGGAUCUUCAUCCCACACCAUUUCCAGGUAAAGUUCUACCCGUGAAAUCAAGAUUUAACAAAAACAUCUCCAGAGCACCGAAAACCCAAUCCAAGGAACCAUCCAUUCCCAGGCAAAACAGAGUUUUUGGUACAGUUAGAAACCCAAAUGUACCAACAAAGACAGUAUCAAAAAAGCCCGUGGCAAAAGCUUCAUCUGGGGUUUCUCAAAAACCAUGCAAAUCAUCAAAAAAGACUCAAUCUUUAACUGAUUCUGCUACAAAUCCAGUGAUUGAAACUGCCAAGAAAUCUACUGAAGAAAACAUAGUAAGACAAAGAAAGAAAAGUGUGUGUUUCCAAGAAAACAGAGAUGCUGUUGAGCCUCAAACUCCAGUGAAAAAAUCGCCUAAUUUGGUGAAGCCUAGACUUUCUGGUAGCACCCCUUUUUACAGUGCUGUAAAUUGCAGUAAAUGCAGAUUUGAUAGGCUGGAGACUUCAUCUUAUUGGCUUUCUCAGAUUAAAUUGGCUGAAACCGUUGGAAAACACUUUGUUUCUGCUGCUUUCUUUCGACUCGCUCUUGAAUCCAAAGCUGAGCCCUUUAGGAAUAUUAUGUUGGAAUUGAAAAGGUAUUUGAGACGACACAAGCACUUAUCAGAGGGAAAAGAAUGGAAAGAAGUUUGUUUUAGCUAUGGAAUACUGAAGGAUGAGGGCAGUUCUGAGGAUAAUAUUGGAAAUAUUAACAAGAACAAAAGCAAUGAAUUGGAAUGCACCAUUGAAAAAGAAGAAGAAGAAGAAUCAAAGGACUUAAACCAGGAAGUGACUGAAGAUGGUGUUACUCAACUAGGAAAUGAACUUCCAUUUCCAUUAUAAUUUAUAGCAUCGAUUAUUAUUGACUAAAGUUAUAUAUAUAGUCUUUGUUUUACAUAUAUUUUAGUUGGUUUGUGGAAUAUUGGAGUAUUUACUUUGAACUGUUUCUUGGAGAUGUUUUAUGGAAUUCCAGUAUGUCGUGACUAGGGAAUGUAACUAAUAAAAAGUCUUGGUUGUUCGAGUUA